CAGGAAGUUGAGUGCUGGUGCGCACUGUAGUAUGCGGAUGGCGACCUAACCUAACGGGCGGACAAAGCAACCAUUCAGCCCGCAUAGCGGAGACUCUGGAUCAGGUGCAAACAAACGCCAAUGUAGCAGUUAUAUUUCGCUAUCAUCUCCAGGACUCAGGACACUUGCUGCAUACAACCCGGACACGUGUCGUGCUUUGAAAAGCAGGUCGGUGGUGCUGAGUGAGGGGCCGUGUAAAAGGGGAUUGUAGAUCCAGCCCACCGUGGGCAGCCAUGGGGGUCUUGGCCUGGCUGAAGAGCCAGUUCGUCCUGCAGCUGCUGAUUGGCUUCGUGUUCGUGGUGAGCGGCCUCAUCAUCAACUUCAUCCAGCUGCUCACCUGCCUCCUCUGGCCAAUCAACAAGCAGCUCUACCGCCGCAUCAACACCCGCCUUUCCUACUCGCUAUGGAGUCAACUGGUAAUGCUUCUAGAAUGGUGGUCGGGUACGGAGUGCACCCUCUUCACAGACCAGGCCACGGUGGAUAAGUUCGGCACAGAGCACGUCAUCAUCAUCCUCAACCACAACUACGAAAUCGACUUCCUGUGCGGAUGGACCAUGUGUGAACGCUACGGAGUCCUGGGGAGUUCCAAGGUGUUGGCUAAGCACGAGCUGCUGAAGGUGCCUCUGAUUGGCUGGACCUGGUACUUCCUGGAGAUCGUCUUCUGUAAGAGGAAGUGGGAGGAGGAUCGCGACACCGUCUUCAAGGGCCUCGGACGCCUCAAGGAUUACCCAGAGUUCAUGUGGUUCCUGCUGUACUGUGAGGGGACUCGCUUCACGGAUAAGAAGCAUCAGAUCAGCAUGCAGGUAGCCGAGAGCAAAGGCCUCCCCAAACUCAAGUACCACCUGCUGCCCCGGACCAAAGGAUUCACCACCACACUACAGUGUCUAAAGGGAACCGUGACUGCUGUGUAUGACGUAACGUUGAACUUCAGGGAUAAGAAGGUCCCCACACUACUGGGCAUCGUCAACGGCAACAAGUACAUGGCAGACAUGAGCGUCAGACGGUUUCCAGUAGAGGAAAUUCCUGACGAUGAAAAAGAAUGCGCCAACUGGCUACAUAAACUCUACCAGGAGAAGGAUUCCCUGCAGGCGCACUAUGAGAAGGAGGGCUCGUUCCCGGGCCCGACCAUCCGGCCCCCUCGCCGCCUCUGGACCCUCCUCAACUUCCUGUUCUGGGCGUGGCUUCUACUCUCGCCGCUCAUACAGCUGGCGUGGGACAUUUUCAUCAGCGGGUCACCACUACCUAUACUGGGCUUCAUGCUGUUCCUCAUCAUAGCGUCAGUAGCGGUGCGUCGCCUGAUCGGCGUGACGGAGGUGAAGAAGACGGGGUCCAGCUACGGAGACCAGGAAGCCAAGAAGCAGAACUAGACCACUAGGCCACGCCCCCAGGAAGCAGAAACACACCAGGCCACGCCCCAUUUAGGCCCCGCUCCAUUUACUUCACUCUCAAUCAGAGCCCACCUGACAAUUAAUCAAUUAAUUAAAGGCUUUCUUUUUUUCUAAACCUCUCCUCUUUUCUUUCUUUCUUUCUUUCUCUUUUUCUGUCCCAUUUUACUUCUGUUUUAUUUUGUGUCAUUCUUCCUUUCUUUGUCGUUGUCAUUCUUCUCUCUCUGUCUUUCGUGCUCUGUCUCUCUCUAUCUCUACCUCCCGUCUUCUGUCAGUGCAGUGGAUUGUGGUGAUCUCCUAUGAGAGACUGUACUUGCUAUGGCCACGCACAGACGCACACAUACACACGCACAUACAGACUCACACACACACACACACACACACACACACACACGCAUGUACAGACGCACACAUACAAACAAACCAACAAACAGGAGAGUGUGUGGUAAUUGUGCUAAAGAGGAUUCAAAGUGUUCCUUACAAACUAACAGAACUAAUGCUAAACACAUGGAAGGCUAGGCUAUGGCUAAUGCUAAGCGUGUGCACAUGGGAGGCUAGGCUAUGGCUAAUGCUAAGCGUGUGCACAUGGGAGGCUAGGCUAUGGCUAAUGCUAAGCGUGGGCACAUGGGAGGCUAGGCUAUGGCUAAUGCUACACGUGUGCACAUGGGAGGCUAGGCUAUGGCUAAUGCUAAGCAUGGGCACAUGGG